AGCGCACGGAGCGAGGCAGUAACGCCGCCGGUUUAUUUUUAAAGUUUUUUUUCGUCUAGUCUACUCGCAGUUGGCGACCACAAUAAAAAGGGGAGGGCUGCAAAGUUGGUGUUGCGUGUCUUUUUAAACCGGCGGAGGGAGAAUAUGUACGCGUUUUCCACGCUCGAAUUGGAGCGCAGGCGGGAGGAGCGUGCGUGGUGACGUCAAGCGGGCGGCCUGCGUGCGUGCUCGCCCCCGCCGCCCUGGUGACGUCAACGGGGGCAGGCGGCGGCAGCGCCCGCGCUUCGGUCCUGGUGACGUCAGGGCGGCGUGCGCGCCCCCCGCGCGUUUGGGGGGGGUCCCGACGUGCGUGCGCGCACCCGGCGGCUGUGCGGGAGAAGAUGGCGGCGGCGUCGAGCUCGUCGGCGCCGGGCGGCCGCUGGUGCUUCAGCCGGCAGCAGCUGCAGGACAGCCCGUCGCGGCGGGGCGGCGUGGACUGGGACAGGGAGCUGUCGUACCGCCAGCAGGCCGCCAACCUGGUGCAGGACAUGGGCCAGCGGCUCAGCGUUUCACAGCUGACCAUCAACACGGCGAUCGUGUACAUGCACAGGUUCUACAUGCAGCAGUGCUUCACCAAGUUCCAUCGCAACACCAUCGCCCCAGCUGCUCUCUUCCUAGCCGCCAAGGUGGAGGAACAACCUCGCAAGCUGGAGCACGUCAUAAAAGUGGCGCACGCCUGCCUGAACCCACAAGAACCCCCACCUGACAUCAAGAGUGAGGCCUACCUGCAGGAAGCACAGGACCUGGUCAUCCUGGAGAGCGUCAUACUGCAGACCCUGGGGUUCGAGAUCACCAUCGAUCACCCGCACACCCACGUGGUGAAGUGUACGCAGCUGGUGAGAGGUAAGGGAGAAGCAAGCAAGGACCUGGCACAGACAUCAUACUUCAUGGCUACCAACAGCCUCCACCUCACCACCUUCUGCCUGCAGUACCAGCCCCCGGUGGUGGCCUGCGUGUGCAUCCACCUCGCCUGCAAGUGGUCCAACUGGGAGAUCCCUGUCUCCACUGAUGGCAAGAACUGGUGGGAGUACGUCGACCCCACCGUCACCCUCGAGCUGCUUGACGAGCUGACGCACGAGUUCCUCCAGAUCCUCGAGAAGACCCCGAAUCGCUUGAAGCGCAUCAAGAACUGGCGGGCCUGUCAGGCAGCCAAGAAGCCCCGUCUUGAGGACCUGGAUUCGGAGGAGGUGUCCGGGGGGACUGCCCCCUCCCUGUCUGAGGCGGCGGGGUCUGAGGACGGGACAGCCCCCCGGAGGGGUGGUCCCCGGGCCCCCCCGCCCAGUGGCCCCCUCCCGCAGCGGGUCAGCCUCACUGAGUACCGUGCCAAGCGGGCUGAGGAACUGCAGAGGCAGCGCCCACCCCCUCCCGCUCCCCCUCCCCCUCCCCUUCCCCCGCUCCCCGAGCCCCGGGACAGGCGCCCCCGGCCCGAGACCAUCCCGGCCGGACCCCCGCCCCCGCCCUCCCGGCUGCGGCCCCCUCCGGCUGAGGAGGGCGAGGCGGAGGAGGAGGGGGGAGGCCGGAGGGGGUCCCGGGACAGGAGGAGGGACGGGGCGCACCGACACCGGCGGCACCACUGGGGCAGGAGGGGCGGCGGGGUGGAGGAGGAGGGCGAGGAGGGGGCCGGCGGUGGGGGGAGCAAGCGCAGGCAGCCCCGGCCCCUCAAGGCCCCCCCGGGACCCCCGCCCGCCUCCUCCCGGCCCCCCGAGGCCAAUGGGCACAGCCACUACCAGGACGCCUUCGAGAUGCUAGAGUCCUUGCUCAGUGCCCAGGGGGUGCCCCGGGCGCCCCCCCACACCCCCGGCGAUUUCCGCCGGCCCCGGGGGGAGUCCCGGCCGGGACCCCACCCCCCGCCACUGCCCGCCGAGCCCCCGCCGCCCCUGCCCCCACUCCCCAAGUGAGGAGGGGUGGGGUGUGCACUCACCUCGGAGGGUCGGGCAGUGUCGGUGGGGGCAGCAGAGGUGUGGGUGGGGGUCUGAGGAGGCAGGCACGGCAACGUGCAGAGAGGGAGGGCUGCGGACCCUGCGUGGGCAGGAGGGACGCGUGGAGUUGGGCUUCAGUUCACCAGUUCAGCACAGACAUGGUGGGCCAAAGGGCCUGUGUGAAAACUCGACAGUCCCUCUCCCCCCACCCCUUGCUCCCCCACCCCUCCCUUCCUUACUCUCCCUACCCCAAUCGCCUCUCCAACCCUCCCCUCCCUACCCCUCCCCUCCCUACCCAUCCCCACCCUCCCCUCCCUACCCCACCCCUCCCCUCCCCUCCCUACCCAUCCCCACCCUCCCUUCCGCUCCGCUCCGCUCCCCACCGACGCUGCUCCACCUGCCGGGUCCCUCCAGCACCUCGGACGUGGCUCCGGAUCCCAGCGCCUCUCCCGUCUCCAGGGAGGGUCGGUUGGGUGAUGGGGGAGCUCCUGUCCCUGCGUAGCAGGCUGGAGAGGUGCCGAAUGGUCUCAACCUGUUCUGGGGGGGCAGGUUGGAGCCGGGACCAGGGAAGGGUGGUGGUGGGGGGGGUCAGUGUGUGUGUGUGUGUGUGUGUGUGAGGGUGUGUGUGUUUGUGAGAGUGUGUGUGAGGGCAAGGGUGUGUGGGGGUGUGUGUGCGAGGGUGUGUGUGAGUGUGAGGGUGUGUGUGUGAGGGGGUGUGUGUGUGUGAGGGGGUGUGUGUGUGAGGGUGUGUGUGUGAGGGUGUGUGUGUGUGUGAGGGUGUGUGUGUGUGAGGGUGUGUGUGUGAGGGUGUGUGUGUUUGUGAGAGUGUGUGGGUGUGUGUGUGCGAGGGUGUGUGUGAGUGUGAGGGUGUGUGUGUGAGGGUGCGUGGGGGUGUGAGUGAGGGUCUGUGUGAGUGUGAGGGUGUGUGUGAUUGUGAGGGUGUGUGUGCGAGGGUGUGUGGGGGUGUGUGCGAGGGUGUGAGUGUGAGUGAGGGUCUGUGUGUGUGAGGGUGCGAGGGUGUGUGUGAGGGUGUGUGUUUGAGGGUGCGAGGGUGUGUGUGAGGGUGUGUGUGCGUGAGGGUGUGUGUGAGUGAGGGUGUGUGUGUGAGGGUGUGUGUGUGUGAGGGUGUGUGUGUGCGUGAGGGUGUGUGUGAGGGUGUGUGUGUGUGUGAGGGUGUGCGUGUGUGAGGGUGUGUGUGUGUGUGAGGGUGUGUGCGAGGGUGUGUGAGGGGUGUGUGUGUGAGAGGGUGUGUGUGAGGGUGUGUGUGUGAGGGGGUGUG